CAGUCUGGGGGCGGAAAGCUUCCGUCGUGCUGAGGAGGCGGCUCUUGUUCGUGGUUGUAGACUGUGAUUGGCGUCGUUUCUCUCCGGGGCUUGACUCAGAGCCGUGUGUCAUACGUGGUUGGUCCGCCGACAGGAAGCUCUAGCCCAGGGCUGAAGCCGUUCCCGUGCCCUCACUGCUGCUCUCCGUCUGUUUCGUUCUCAGUGUGUGCGGCUUCGCAGGGAGAGCGGUGCAAUGAGAAAAACCGCAUAUGCGGUAGGCUAUUCACCUUUCAAGCAGGAAAGAAAUACGCAAGAAACAACCUUGUUCUGGUUCUUCCCGCACCAAAGCCUUACCCACGUCUCAGAGAGGAACCUGAAGUGCCAGUAGCACCAUGUCCAGGCCAACGGGAGGUGGUGUCAAUGACAUCACCCGCUACCUGACAUCGGGGGUGGCACCCGGAUCUCCCAAUGCCAAGUCCACAAUCUCCGCUGCCAGCCAGGCCGAUUGGGCCGCAAAGAGGCUGGUGUGGGUGCCUUCGGAGAAACAGGGCUUUGAGUCGGCCAGUAUCCGGGAGGAGCGUGGCGAUGAGGUGGAGGUUGAGCUUACAGACAGCCAGCGGAAGCUGACUCUGUCCAGGGAGGAGGUGCAGAGGAUGAACCCCCCUCGUUUCAGUAAAGUGGAGGACAUGGCCGACCUCACCUGCCUCAACGAAGCAUCUGUGCUGCAUAACCUGAGAGAGCGAUACUACUCUGGUUUGAUCUAUACAUAUUCAGGAUUGUUCUGUGUGGUUGUGAACCCAUACAAAAACCUGCCCAUCUACACCGAGUCCAUCGUGGAGAUGUACCGGGGCAAAAAACGCCAUGAGAUGCCCCCUCACAUCUAUGCCAUUUCAGAGGCUGCCUAUCGCAGCAUGUUACAAGACAGAGAAGAUCAGGCAAUCCUCUGCACAGGCGAGUCUGGGGCUGGGAAAACAGAGAACACAAAGAAAGUUAUCCAGUAUUUGGCCCACGUUGCCUCCUCCCAUAAGGGUGGCACUCCGGGUAGGAGCAAGGAGGCUAUGCAGAUUGAUGGCUCUAGGUCUUUAACAAGAGGCAGUACUCUGGUGAACAGGGGCGAGCUGGAGAGACAGCUGCUGCAGGCCAACCCCAUACUGGAGGCCUUUGGCAAUGCGAAGACUGUCAAGAAUGACAACUCUUCUAGAUUUGGUAAAUUCAUCCGCAUUAAUUUUGAUGUGGCAGGGUACAUCGUUGGUGCCAACAUUGAAACCUACCUCCUUGAAAAGUCCCGGGCAACGCGCCAGGCCAAAGAUGAGAGGACAUUCCACAUUUUUUACCAGUUUUUGUGUGGCGCUUCAGAGCAAACAAGGGCUGACCUACUCUUAGGAACUGCAGAUGACUAUCGCUUUCUCAGUGGAGGCUCCAUCCCUGUUCCUGGUCAGAGUGAUUCAGAGAACUUCACACAGACCAUGGACUCCAUGGCCAUAAUGGGUUUCAACCCAGAAGAGUCAGUGUCCAUGCUGAAGGUGAUCUCCUCUGUGCUCCAGUUAGGCAAUAUUACCUUCAUGAAGGAGAAGAAUCAUGACCAGGCCUCCAUGCCUGAUAACACGGCUGCUCAGAAACUGUGCCAUCUGCUGGGCAUCAACGUACUAGAGUUCACCAGGGCCAUCCUCACACCCAGGAUCAAAGUAGGUCGAGAGUAUGUGCAGAAGGCCCAGACUAAAGAACAGGCUGACUUUGCUGUGGAGGCCCUGGCGAAGGCCACUUAUGAGCGUCUGUUCAGAUGGCUGGUGCACAGGGUCAACAGAGCUCUGGACCGCAGACAGAGACAGGGAGCCUCCUUCAUAGGAAUCCUUGACAUUGCUGGAUUUGAGAUCUUCCAACUAAACUCAUUUGAGCAGCUGUGCAUUAACUACACCAAUGAGAAGCUGCAGCAGCUCUUCAACCACACCAUGUUCAUACUGGAGCAGGAGGAGUACCAGCGGGAGGGCAUCGAGUGGAACUUCAUUGACUUUGGCCUGGACUUACAGCCGUGCAUAGACCUCAUUGAGAAACCGACCCACCCACCUGGUGUUCUGGCCCUGCUGGAUGAAGAGUGCUGGUUCCCUCGGGCGACAGACCGCUCAUUUGUGGAGAAGGUGUCUGCUGAGCAAGGCACCCAUCCUAAAUUCUUCAAAUCAAAACAGCCACGUGGUGAAGCCGACUUCUCCAUCAUUCACUAUGCUGGAAAGGUGGACUAUAAAGCAGAUCAGUGGUUGGUGAAGAAUAUGGAUCCUCUGAACGACAAUGUGGCGUCUUUGCUUCACCAGUCUUCAGAUCAUUUUGUCUCUGAACUCUGGAAAGAGGAUAUCCAAACUCUUCCUCGUGUCUACUUCUUUGAUUCCUAUGCCACAAUACAGGCUAAUGGCUCAGACAUGGACAGGAUUGUGGGUAUGGACCAGGUGUCGACAGGGGAGAGCAGUGGGCCGGUCACAUUCGGAGGUGGAGGACUAAAGACCAAGAAGGGAAUGUUUAGGACAGUUAGUCAGCUUUACAAGGAGUCUCUCACCAAGCUGAUGGCUACUCUGAGGAACACCAACCCCAACUUCCUCCGCUGCAUCAUCCCCAACCAUGAGAAGAAGGCUGGUAAACUGUCUCCCAAUUUGGUUUUGGACCAGCUUAGAUGUAAUGGUGUUCUGGAGGGGAUUCGUAUCUGCAGACAAGGCUUCCCUAACCGCAUCCCAUUCCAGGAGUUCAGGCAGAGAUAUGAGAUCCUGACUCCUAAUGCUAUUCCUCGCACCUUCAUGGAUGGCAAACAGGCAUCCGAACUCAUGAUCAGGGCUCUGGAGCUGGACCACAACCUAUACAGAGUUGGUCAGAGUAAAGUAUUCUUCAGAGCUGGAGUCCUGGGUCACCUUGAGGAGGAGAGAGACCUAAAGAUCACUGACACCAUCAUACGCUUCCAGAGCACUUCCAGAGGCUACCUAGCACGCAAAGCCUUUUUGAAGAAGCAGCAGCAGCUGAGUGCUCUGAGAGUGAUGCAGAGGAACUGUGCUGCUUACCUCAAACUCAGGAACUGGCAGUGGUGGCGUCUGUUUACUAAGGUGAAGCCCCUGCUGCAGGUGACCCGGCAGGAUGAGGAGAUCCAGGUAAGGGAAGCUGAAAUCCUGAAGGCGAAGGACACGCUAACCCGAGUGGAGCAGGACUACACCGAGCUGGAUAAGAAAUAUGCUCAGCUGAUUGAGGAGAAGACAGUGCUGGCUGACCAGCUGCAGGCAGAGGCAGAGCUGUUUGCAGAGGCGGAGGACAUGAGAGCCAAGCUGGCCAAUCGGAAACAGGAACUGGAGGAAGUGCUAGGUGAGCUAGAGGCUCGAUUGGAAGAGGAGGAGGAGAGGGGUGUGCAGCUAACCAAUGAGAAGAAGAAGAUGCAGCAGAAUGUUCAGGACCUGGAGGAGCAGUUAGAGGAGGAAGAAAGUGCCCGACAGCGCCUCCUGCUGGAGAAAGUUACCCUGGAGACUAAAGUGAAGAGUCUGGAAACCGACCUGCUGACUGCAGUGGAGCAUAGAGACCGAUUCAGCAAGGAGAAGAAACAGUUGGAGGAGCGUCUGAGUGAGGUCACCGACCAGCUAACUGAGGAAGAGGAGAAAACCAAAAGUCUGAACAAGCUCAAAAACAAACAGGAUGCUGUCAUUGCUGACUUAGAGGAACGUCUAAAGCGCGAAGAGCAGGGUCGCUUGGAGCAGGAGAAGUGGAAGAGGAGAAUGGAGACCGAGUCGGUUGACACCCAGGAGCAGCUGUCAGACCUUGGCAUGCUGACUGCUGAGCUACGGGGCAGUCUGUCUCAGAAGGAAAAAGAAAUCACCACCUUACAGGCCAGGUUGGAGGAAGAGGGUGCUCAUCGUGCUGAAGCUCAGAGAUCACUGAGGGAGGCCAUGUCCCAGGUGUCUGAGCUAAAGGAGGAAGUGGACAACGAGCGAGGGAUGAGGGAAAGGGCGGAGAAGCAGAGACGUGACCUGGGGGAGGAGUUGGAGGCUUUACGAACUGAGUUGGAAGACACUUUAGACACCACAGCUGCCCAGCAGGAGCUAAGGUCUCGUCGAGAGACAGAGUUAGGUGAUCUCCAGCGACGUGUUGAAGAGGAGACUCGCCGCCAUGAGGCCCAGCUGUCAGAGCUCAGAAUCAAACACAGUGCUGCCAUAGACAACCUCCAGGAGCAGCUUGACAACAGCAAGAGGGCACGUCAGUCUCUGGAGAAGUCAAAGGCACUGAUGGAGGAGGAGACGCAGAAUUUGACUGCUGAGCUCAAGAGUCUUCAAACGGGCCGCACAGAGAGCGAGCGAGGUCGCAAGAGGGCUGAGGGUCAGCUGCAGGAGCUUGGCGCCCGUCUGACACAAGCUGACAGAGAGAAGGAGGAGAGAGAGGAACGAAUGCACAAGCUGCAGUGUGAGAUUGAGUCUCUCACUGGCAAUUUGUCCUCCAUUGACACCAAAUCUCUUCGUCUCUCGAAAGAGGUCAACAGCCUGGAGAAUCAGCUGCAUGAUACAAAGGAGCUGCUGCAGGAUGAAACUCGUCAGAAGAUGGCCCUGGCCACCAGGGUGCGAGCACUGGAGGAGGAGAAGAAUGGACUGAUGGAGAGACUUGAGGAGGAGGAGGAAAGAGCCAAAGAGUUGGCCCGACAGAUCCAAACUCACACCCAGCAGCUGUCUGAGGUUCGUAAGCAGUCGGAGGAGGUGACCACCGCAGUGGAAGCUGGUGAAGAGAUGCGCAGGAAACUUCAGAGAGAACUGGACAGUGCCAUCCAGAGGGAGCAACAGAAAGAGGAAGAGAAGGAGCGAGUGGAGAGGCAGAGGGAACGUCUGAGGGAGGAAAUAGAGGACAUGACACUGGCCUUGCAGAGGGAGAGGCAGAACUGCAUGGCCCUGGAGAAGAGGCAGAAGAAGUUUGACCAGUGUUUGGCAGAGGAGAAGUCAGUGAGUGCUCGGCUGGCAGAAGAGAAGGACAGAGCAGAAGCUGACAACCGAGAGAAGGAGACAAGACAUCUGGCGCUGUCCCGGGCCCUGCAGGAGGUCCAGGAUCAGAAGGAAGAGCUAGAGAGGGCAAACAAACAACUACGUGCAGAAAUGGAGCAACUUGUGAACCAGCAGGAUGAUGUCGGCAAGAAUGUUCAUGAGUUGGAGCGGACUCGGCGGUCAUUGGAAACAGAGGUGCAGAGCCUGAGAGUUCAGACACAGGAGCUUGAUGAGGAACUGGGGGAGGCAGAGAACUCCAGGCUGAGGCUGGAGGUCACCCUACAGGCACUCAAAGCCCAGUUUGAGAGGGAGAUCGGCAACAGCGAGGAGAAGGGAGAGGAGAAGAGGAGGGCACUCAGCAAACAGGUGAGGGAGUUGGAGAUCCAGCUGGAGGAGGAGAAGAGUCAGCGGUCUCAGGCUGUGUCCUCCAGGAAGCAGCUGGAGGCAGAGCUGGAGGAAGCCCAGGCCCAGGUGGACACGUCCAGCCGUGGCAAAGAGGAGGCUAUGAAGCAGCUACGAAGGCUGCAGGGUCAAAUGAAGGAAGUUCUUCGCGAGCUCGAUGAGUCCAAGUUAACUCGGGAGGAGGUGGUCUCCCAAUCCAAAGACAGCGAUAAGAAAAUCCAGUCUCUGGAGGCAGAAGUCCUUCAACUCACAGAGGAGCUGGCAGUAUCGGAGAGACAGAAGAGGCAGGCUCAGCAGGAAAGAGACGAGUUGGCUGACGAGAUGGUCAACAGCAGUACUGGAAAAACUGCAAUGAGUGAAGAGAAGCGGAGGUUAGACGCUCGAGUCAGUCAGCUGGAAGAGGAGCUGGAGGAGGAGCAGACGAACUCUGAACUGCUGGCAGAGAGACAAAGGAAGAUGACUCUACAGGUGGAGACGCUGACCGUGCAGCUGCAGGGGGAGAGGACUUUGGCGCAAAAGGCGGAGGCAGCUCGGGACCACCUGGAGAAGCAGAACAAGGAGCUGAAGGCGCGGCUGGGAGAGAUGGAGGGAGCAGUGAGGGGCAAACACAGGCUCAGUGUCGCCGCCUUGGAGGCCAAGAUCGAGUCAAUGGAGGAGCAACUGGAGCAGGAGAGACAGGAACGAGCCAUUGCCAACAAACUGGUACGAAAAACAGAGAAGAAACUGAAAGAGGUGAUGAUGCAGGCAGAGGACGAGAGGAGACAUGCAGACCAGUACAGAGAACAGCUGGAUAAGUCGAUGGUUCGACUGAAGCAACUGAAGAGGCAGCUGGAGGAAGUGGAAGAGGAGAAUUCGCGUUCCAAUGCCCAGAAGAGGAAGCUGCAGAGAGAGCUGGAGGAGAUCACUGACAACAGUCAGACCAUGAUGCGAGAGAUCAGCUCCCUGCGCAACCAGCUCAGCAUCCCUGAAUGGAGACCAGAUAAGCGUGUUCCAUUGCCCCUGGCAUUGCGUGGACGCAGAGCGUUGGUUGAUGACUUCUCGCUGGAGAAUUCUGACUCAGAAGAUCCUCCAGCCUCUCCGACUCCCUCCUCUGGACUCCCAGGAACCUUAACUCCCUCUUCUGAUCACAGUCUGGACCCUCCACCACCCUACAGUGUCAACAACACUGAGUGACAGACUCAGUCAAACACAUAACGUAUGCACACACUCACAUACACAAGUCAUAUAGGAUGCAUACAUCAGACGUUCUAACUCUUAACUCUGACCUAUAGAUCUUGCCUAGUUUUUGUUUUUUGAAACAAGUACAAAAGACAUGUAAAAAUGAGAUUUUGCAAGGCAGCAAAUGGAAUUUGUUUUUAUUUUGUAAGCUGUGACAUAAAAAGCAACUUAAAAGACUGGAAAUUUCUACCUAACACUGCAUCUUUGUAAUGCAUUUCUGAGAAACUAAACUACAUCUCCCAGAACGCCACGGGGAAAGUGAAACAUUACCAGCUAAUUUCCUGAUGCUGUACAGUAAGAGCAGAAAACAUGAGAUUAUGGUGAUCGUGUCUUUUACAUUAGGAGGUAUUUGAAAAUGAAGCCAUGUUUAAGCCGUUGAUGAGGAUCGAAUAAUAUACUCACAAAGGGCUGCUGGGGAAUGAAAAUACUUCUGAAAGGUGUAAGACAAUCUUUAUUAAUGUUACAUGUAAGAGCCAACAGGAGAAAUCAAAUAUAGACAUUCAAAGAGAGAACUUCACAUUCUUUAUGGGCGUGUUUUUGAGCUCUUGUGAUUUGUGACAUCUUAAGUCAAAUAUCUUUAAAAAAAGAAAACAUGAAAGUUAGAAUAAUCUGGCAAUUGAGGAGAGAUAAUAUUUAGUCAAGCUUGAAGAAAACUGAGCAACAUCACACUAAGUUCAGUGUUUUCACGUCACAUUGGUCACAAUUUUAGCACAUUUUGACGAUAAAAUGCAGUUUAAUAUCAAUGCAGUUGCACUGAUAUGUGCUAAGGUCGGGUUAAAUGAUAAAUCGUUUUCCUAUAGAUUAGAAUCAGUAUGUUGUUAGGCAAUGCAGUAGUUGUAUUAGAUAGUUUCUUUAAAUGAAAGCCUAAAUAUUGCUUCAGAAAUUUGAAUUUGUAUAAUUUAUAUGAAAUAUGACCUUAAGUUAUUGAUCAUUUGUUUCCUUUGGGAGGAGAACAUUGGUUUGAUUGUGUCCGCUCCUGUAGGCACUGAUGUCAGCCUGGGCCAGGUUACAGCGUGUUACGUUACAUGUCGGAAAACUUAAAUAUUUAAAUCGGCGUCACAGGAUCAUCGAGUCAUUGAGAAGUAUGAUCACAGCCACAGAUACAUAACUACUACUGUUUAGCUACAUUUGUUUAAUACAAAGCAAACCAUUUAGUGACAAUUGAGUGACAAUUUCUAGACUGAUAAACAUUGCAUUUUAUUCUGACAAGCAUCUUGCACAUUGUUAUUUUUAUGGAUUAACUGUAAAUCAUUGAUCAGACCAAUGGUGGGCUUAUGGAUGAGAAAAAGGGACUUCAAUUUCUAGUAAAGGAAAAAUAGUUAUAGAAUAGAGUGGAGUGGAGACUGGUUAAUUCUUCUGCUAUCAUCCUGUGACUACUGGAUUAUUUCUUUUGAAGAAUUAACUCACUCUCUGCUCACAGUACAGUGUAGAAGAUGGUAGAAUAAGUGAGCUCGAGAUUUGUAGUAUUAGAUAAAAGUAACAAUGGAGGCACUGAGAAAUGAAUAUUUAUGAGGCAAGAAUAACAACGUCUCUAGCUAUCAGAGCUCAGAAGAGCAAACACCAAACACGUGGAGUCAAUGAUGACCCUGCAGUGAAUUGACAAUAAUUUAGUGAUUCCUGGUUUAUAAGAUGUAUUUCUUUUAAGGUAAAACAAUAAUAACAUUUAUUGAAUUAAUUAACAGGUCAUUUCUUUGGAAAAGUCCAACAUUCUUGGAAAAACGCUCACUUACCCAAAGUCAGAUGAGCAGAUCGAUUGCCACUUAAAUGUACUGUAAAUAUGUAACUGCAGCCACUCAGCUUAGUGCAAAGCCUUGAAACAGGUGCAAGAAACUCUCCUGGUCCUGUCACCAAAUCACCUCUAAAGCUCACUGAUUUACACUUAAAUCUAUUGUUCCAUCAAGACACCUUUUCUUAGCCAGCAUCAGCAAGCAAAGACUUCAGGGAUUCACUUCUCUAGGCUUGGAAAUACUCUGUCACAUUCAGUUAUUCAGUAUAAAUUAGCUUGCGACAAAAAACAGUUAAUUCAAUUCUAUUCUAUUCUAUAUUGGAUUCUAAAUUAGAGAGGCUUUCCCUGGUGCUUUAACUCAUGGAACUGAAAGAUUAAGAUUGUGUUUCUAAACUUUACAAAAUGUGUUUGUGGAAUGGGCCCUUUGUUUUCACAGCAGCCAUUUUGACAUGUUUUAACAGGAAAAGGCACAUGUGUUACGGAUCACAUUAACAGUGGCUCUGUUCAGUCAGUAGAGUGUAACCGUGAACCCGUGUGCACCCUGAAACCGAGGAAGCUAAAUUAGAUUAUUUACACCUGUGAUCUGUCAAAAUGGCUGCUGUGCACAUGGUUCUCUGUUCUGAAUGUUGUUUUUCUGGAUAAACUGUGUGUUUAUACUUUACUGCAGUGGAGUAAUGAUCCUUUUGGUGUUUAUGGAUGAUGACUUGUAGGAAUAGGACAGACAGUAGUUUUCUGUUUUUAAUUCCCUAUUUUCUUCCUUCUGUACGUAACAGGUUUAUAUUGCACUGACAAAAGUAGACCGCUGAGUGAGGACAGUAAUCUACAGGCCCGACGUCCCAUGUUCUUCAUCGUGUGUAUGUGUAUCCAUACUUCCAGCUUCUUAUUUUUUGCCAUACCAGAGUCAAAAUAAUUCACAGUUAGUGACAGAUGAAGAAAGAUCAGACUAGUUGGAUCAAGAGAGAGUUUGACUACUGAUGUAUUAAACACCCUUUUUAUGGGUUUGAUUUUUUUUUUCUUUUUCUGAAUGUACAAUUAUUUUAUUUUAGAAAUAUGCAAAGGAUUUUGUUUGAAGCCGUGUCUUUUUUUAAGAUAUUGUGUAAAUGCUGCACUUUACACAUUACCAGUGAGGACAAACACUGUCAGUACACGACGUCUGCUUUGUGGGGUUUUAUUUUAUCAUAUAAAGAGAUAGCAUUAAGCCAAAUGAGUUGACAUUGUGAUGCGGUGUGUCACUCUGAACAUUCACCGAAAUGUUGUAAUCUCUAAAUGUCAUAUCAGCGUCUAUAUGUGGCGACUCUGUUGAUGCCGUCAUAGACCAAAAUCUGAUGACACGUGGAUUGAUCUGCUGGAAUGAGAACAGAUUGAUUCUGUUCAACUGUAGCAAGAGACGAGGCCGGUGCUUCUCUGAGGUGUUAUUUUUCUCUCUGUGUUUGUUUAUGGCUACUGUGGAACUUGAAACAUUUUGGAAACAUAUUUUAUUGUUUUAGUCUUUUUUGUUAAUGAUGCUGUAAUUAUUAAACAUCUGACUGGGGUUAACUUUAA